UUGCUUUGAAUUAUUUUAUAAAUACCUUAUUAUAGUUUUCAUGAUUAUUAUUGUAAAAGUUAGUGUAUAUUCUACAUGGAUACGUGUAAAAGAAGGUAGUAAGUAAAACAGUUAUGCUUGUGCCAAUCAUUUUAAUUUCAGUAUGGACGAAUAUGAUAUGAGAGCUGUACGGACGCCUCCGCUCCCACGUGACGAUCCUGAGACAGGGCAUGCGAUGACACCACCGCAAGUGGAAGACCGACGAAGCAGGACCCGCGACCGAGAACAAGAAAGGCGCAGCCGCGCCAGGAGUAGCCGUUCCAGACGCAGCCUCGGGAGGAGCAGCCGCAUCACCGCGGAUGGAACGAGAAGCAGCAGGCGCCGCAGCAGGUCACGUUCGCGCCGCAGCCGGUCGCAGACGCGGCUCAGCUCGUCACAUGCACACCGGAGCCCCGCGCGUCCGCGCCGCAGCCGCAGCCGCUCGCGCCGCAGCCGCUCGCGCCGCAGCCGCUCGCGCCGCAGCCGCUCGCGCCGCAGUCGCACGCGCUCGCGACGCAGCCGCAGCCGCUCGCAGUCGCGCCGGCACCGUCGCAGUCAGCCGAGGUAUUGUGACAAUGAACUAUUAGGCACGUUGAAAGAUUUAUUUAGAGCUGUUAGAUCAGAAGAUAGGUCAGAUCACGUUGAAAGAUUUCCCGUAAUGAAUGUUUUGCCUGAAUUUGAUCCAGCUAAUCGUAGUCAAACUAUUGACGUAUGGUUGAACAAAGUAAAUGAGACCGCGAGUAUUUACAAUUGGACAGAACGACAAAUUGUUCACUACGCGCUUCCUAAAUUAUCCGGUGUUGCUCAAAAGUGGUACCAAGGCUUAACGAGUUUAAAACACACGUGGCCGGAAUGGCAAGUCAAAUUAAAAACGGCUUUCCCUAUAGCUGGGGAGAUGACCAAGAAAUUCUGCGGGAGAGAAAUUAUAAUAAUGUUGCUGAUAACAUGGUGGUGGAGAGGAAUCUGCAAGGGCAGCGAAGAGUACUACUGUAGGAACUCUAAACUUCAGUUCAGACCAAAACUGAAAGCCGAUGGGGCCAGCAAGUUCUCAAAUGGCGACCACGUACCGGACAACGAAAUAUUGGAAGGUCAUCCAUAA